AUGGAUAGCAAUUGUACUGAAACCCCCAAGAACCCAUUGCCACCAACCGAACCAGUUCUAAGCCAAGAACAAAUAGACACAUUCCUCAGAGAUGGAGUUUUGGUAGUGCAAGAUUUCCUGCUACCCCAAGAAAUCCAAACAGCCAAGGAAGGAUUAUCUAUUAGUUUACGGCAACUAGCUCAAGUCGAUACUUCCAAGUUGGAAACUACUGGACAUGGUUUGACCCAAUUGAGCUCCACCAAUGGCAGUGGAGGUGUCCUAGAUAUAUUUUACCAAGACUGGCAGUGCCGCAUUGCUACCCAUCCAGCGCUAUUCCAAGCCACCACUCAACUCUGGAAAGCUGCUUAUUGUCAUCAGGGAGAACCCAAACAAAAGAUAGCACAAGAAGAAGCCUAUAAAUGGCAUCCUCAUGGUGCAUUUGACCCUCACAAGGGAUACUGCUACAUGGAUCGAGUCGGAUUCCGAUUGCCGACAGAAUUGGCCACCAAACUGGGACAGGAUCUUGCAUCCACCACCAAAGAAACUGAAACACAAACUACCAGUACUGCAACUGCAACUACUGCCAAGAACAAGAAACGAAACAAAUCCGUAGCCAUUCAAAGGUCCCUGACACCUCAUCUCGACUGUUGUCCGGAUACCUUUGAGUCUACUCACAAUAAAUCCAAGUGGAGACCUAUCCAAUGCUUCCUCUCUCUCACUGACACACUCCAACCCAAUCACGGAGGAUUCGAAGCGGCCAAGGGAUUUCAUCGUGACUUUGAACAAUGGGCCAAGGAUCGACCACCCACAGAAUACACCGUGCAACAAAAACAGCAAAUCAAGGGAAAACGGGUCGUCUCCAAACAACACGUUAGUAUCCCAGCACCAUGCAUUGGUGAAUACACCCAUAUGCGACCCAAAGAAGAUACCACCGUGAUGCAACGAGUCCAACAUGUCCCCCAUGUCCAGGCGGGCAGCGUCGUCUUUUUCGACAACCGAAUCCCUCAUGCCAAUGCCUAUCGACACGACGGUACACUACCCAGAAUCGUACUCUAUUGCAGUUUCUUGCCCGAUGUACCACUCAACCGCAUCUACGCACAAGAACAGUUGCAAAAGUUUCGACGCAAUAUUCCACCCAAUGAUCAAUGGAUUCAGAGUCAGAGUCAGAGCCAGAGCAAUGAGGAUCAGCAGCAACUACAAGACAACGUCCAAGACGGUGAUGUUGCUAGGAACGAUGACAACCAUCGUGACCAAGAGAGCCUGCCGUCAUGGUUGACAGACUCACCCUUGGCCAGAAAACUCAUGGCCAUCGAACCAUGGGGCGAGGGCGACUAG